UCUCAAAGGCGAGGAGACUGACGGCCGAGUGGGAGUUGGGGGCCCCUCGGCAAUGUCUCAGCCAAUGGGGGUCGAGCACGGAACCAGGCUCAUCCAAUUUCCUCCACCCCGAUUCCUUCAGCGUGGGCCAGUCGUGUGACCUUUCGAGAGGGUGCUCGCGCACUUCGGAUAAGUUUGACCCUCACGCGCUCCUGUAACGGCGUCGGAAGUGGAGGGGUUUACUUCGCGGAGAGGACUGCUCCGGAGGCCGCGCAGUCGGGCGAGAUCCGCGAGGCGGAGGCCGCUUGGUCGGUCCAUCCUUAAACCGCGACCUCGGCCUUCGCGAUGGAUUCGUGGGUCCGUUUCAGCGCCCAGAGCCAAGCCAAGGAGCGGGUCUUCAGGGCUGCCCAGUAUGCCUGCACUCUACUAAGCUAUGCUCUACAGAAGAAUGGAGCUGGGCCUGAUUUUCUUGCUAGGAUCAAGCAGCUGGAGGCUCAUUUGAGUUUGGGACGCAAGUUAUUCCGGCUGGGGAACUCUGCUGAUGCCCUGGAGGCAGCCAAAAGAGCCAUCCAUCUGUCAGAUAUCGUCCUUCGUUUCUGCAUCACAGUGAGCCAUUUGAACAGAGCCAUGUACUUUGCCUGUGACAACAUCUUGUGGGCAGGGAAAUCAGGCCUCAUUCCACACAUGGACCAGGAAAAGUGGAGUCAGCGGUCAUUCAGGUAUUACCUCUUUGCGCUGAUUAUGAACUUGAGCCGGGAUGCCUAUGAAAUCCGGCUCCUGAUGGAGCGUGAGAUGAAUGGGAAAUAUCAUAAAGGUAGCUGCAGAAAUGACAGAUUUGCACCAGGGGAAGACCAUCGAUUCCAGCAGCUGGCCCUGAGGCUGAAACUGCAGCUCUGUCUCUUGGCACAAGUGCUUCGGAAAAACCCUCCCCUGCUCCUCGAUGUGAUGAAAAAUGCAUGUGACAUUUUCAUCCCCUUGGACAAGUUGGGCAUGUACAAGAGCAGUUCAGGUUUUGUGGGGCUCUGUGGCCUGACAUCAUCCAUCCUUUCCAUCCUCACAAUCAUCCACCCGUGGCUGAAGCUGAAACCUUGAUUGGAGCUGAUAGGGCUAGUUAGCUGAGGUGCUUCCUCCCCCUAAAUUUCUCACUCCAGGAACUAGCCUGGGGUGCCAGUAACAUGGUAGAGCCAGCCAGCCAGUGGCUGUUUGGGGAGCGUGGGUUGCUCGGAAUUGGGCUGCUUUGGGGAAAGGAGGAGGGACCCUUCUUUGGCACUCUCUAAGUCAAGGCCAGCGGUUUGCCAGCAACUCUUUUUGUGGCCUCGGUAUUUGGGUUAUUGGGAAGGGGUUAAUUGGAGCAACAUUCUUGUUAUGUCCAGUUUAUUUAAGGUUGAGAAACAAGAAACAAAAUCUGUGCUAUCCAUUUGGUAGACUAAUGAGGAUCUUCCUGACAGACAUGAUGAAGUUAUGUCCCUUAUCAGCUAGAGAGUGGGAGACAGGUGAAAGCGGGCCCUUUGUUCACUGUGUUCAGUGCCUCUCGGCUUUUUAUUAAUAGAGGAGUUGGGAAUGGCCAGAGGUUUGAGGACAUGAAGAAUAAACAUUUGGACACCAGACUGAGCUCUCUCCCUUAACCCUCUGUUUUAUAUUAAUACUGUAUUAACUCUGUUAAUAGGGAUAUGUGAUUUAUAGAUCAGUGUUGUGAUCUAUGGCACUAUUCAAUUGUGUUGGAUUCUUUUCCUCCCUCAAAAAAUAAAUAUUUUUAAUAAAGAUAACCUUUGAAA